AUGACGGCCACCGAGGUGAGGGAGUCCUUCGCGAGAGUUCGGCGAUUCGGCGGGGGAUUGCACCGUUUGUCGCUGGCAAACAGUGUGGAGUACUGGGGCGAUGUGGAGAAGCUUCCGUCCUUGGUGCGGAGCAUCCAUGCCACCAAGGCGAUGCAAAUCAAAUACGGCACGUCCAAGACCGCGAAAACGCACCUCCUGACAAAGGACCAGGUGGCCAAGUACCAUCUGGCCUGGGUGAGCUAUGCCCCGACGUCCGGCAAGUACACGAAUGCCUCGUACUCCAAGGACCACCUGAAGCUCCACACCGACCUCCAAAGGCCUAAACUUUUUAAACCCUGUAAACCCUCUCUAUAA